AACCCGUGUUGCUGCUCUCCACCCUGGGCAUGCACUUGCGCAACCUGCACUCCCACCCACGCUGCACCGUGGUCAUGCAGCAGAUGCCACCUUCCCCCAGGUGGUUUGGGUUUGUGGCGCCAGUGGCGGUGGCAAUGGUGGUGAUUGUGUGCGGCACAGCACCCGUGUGGGUGGGCGUGGGCGUCGUGCUCGUCCUCUCCUCACUGCUUCAGCCGCUCUACAUCUGCCUCGUUCGACACAGCACGGACUGUCGCCCCCGCGCGAGUGCACUGACUACCAAGGCACCAUCGCCUCCCUUCAUGCGAUUCGAGCAGGGUGCGGGCGCAAGACUACCUGGGCAACCUGUGGGUCACAAGUGGGUCAGUCUCAGGUGCAAGGCCUAG